AUGGACGAUCUUAGGGGCCAACUGGACGCCCAGGGCCGGGAAACGGAGAAGUAUCUGCACCUCCACCGAGAGAAAGAGGAGGAGUUGAACCGGGCGGUCGAUCUUUCCCACCUCCGACCCGAGCUUGAUGCGGUAAAGGCCGAGAACUGUCAGUUGAAGAGUGAGCUGUCCGCGAUGACCGAGUACAAUCGGAGUCUUGAAGCUAACAAAAUCGGUCUUAGUCGGGAGAAUGCUCGAUUUUCCUCGAGGCUGGAUAAGAUCGAGGUCACAGUUUCUCAACUCCGGGGGGAGUUGGAUUUGGUGAAGGCCGAUGCAACGGGCUUGGCCGAGAAGAACCGGCUGCUCGAAUCUGAGACUACCCUGUACAAAGAGCGCAUGAGGACGUUCGAGGAGAAAGCUGAGAAAAGAGCUCAGAUGUAUAAGGACCUGAAAAUCGAGUUUGCGGAGGCGGUAAACGCCAAUGAUGCUCUCAAGGCCGAGCUUGAAGCGGCCACUCGAAGGCAAGAUACCCUCGAAGAGGACCGGGGUGUUUUGGCUGCAAAGUUAGCCAAGGCCGAGACCGAUUUGGAGGAGGCUUUGAAGAAUGUGGAGGCCACCGAGGCUCAUACUGCCAUUGUUGCCGAAUAUGAGAAGUGGAAGUCUCGGAGGAUUCCCCUCGAGCAAGCUAAGCAUGGUUUUGAGAAUCUUUCGGCACUGAUACUCGAAGCCAAAGGGAUCGAGGAGGAGGCCAACCGCGCUCUUGGGUCUGAAUCAGACGACUCCGAGCGGACCGAGUCCGACCACUCCGCCUCUAGUCAAGCCAGAUAG